AUGAAGUCUACUAUGAUAAACCCUAGCAUAAAACUCCUAGUGAUAGCAUUAGAGGGUCAAGAGGUCAGUAGUAGGAGGCUGAUAGAUAUGAACCUCCUAGAUGAGGGCUUGGAGGCGACCGUAGUGGCAUGAAGAGAAAGUUCAUCUUGUUUGCGAGAGAGAAGAGACUCGAAGAUCUCCACAAUACGACCAAUGUUCGUCCGGUUGGUGUACAUAGUCUCCAUAGUCAGCCACAAGAGAUGAGCCGUAGUGAUGUGCGCCAAUGGCUUGACAAUAUUGGGCUCGAUGCUUUGAAGUAUCCAUGUGAUGACAACCGAGUCGAGCUAUGA